GGUUUUUUCACUUUCUAUAUAGUCAUCGGACGAUCGAUCACAACGGAGAAGAAAGCCAUGGCGGAAGAAGAGAAAAGCUUGAAGAAGCAAGUGAUGGUGGCGAUUGAUGAAAGCGAAUGUAGUAAACGUGCUCUUCAAUGGACGCUUGUGUAUCUCAAAGAUAGCCUCGCCGAUUCCGAUAUCAUCCUCUUCACUGCUCAACCUCCACUCGAUCUCAGCUGUGUUUAUGCUUCCUCUUAUGGCGCCGCUCCGAUUGAGCUGAUAAAUUCAAUGCAAGAGAAUUAUAGGAACGCUGGAUUGAAUCGGCUUGAGGAAGGGACCAAAAUUUGUGCUGAGAUUGGGGUAACUCCAAGAAAGGUGUUGGAAUUUGGAAAUCCUAAAGAAGCCAUAUGUGAAGCUGCUGAGAAGCUUGGUGUUAAUAUGCUUGUUGUUGGAAGCCAUGGUAAAGGAGCAUUACAAAGGACUUUCCUUGGGAGUGUUAGCAAUUACUGUGUUAACAAUGCUAAUUGUCCAGUUCUUGUGGUGAGGACAAAAGCUUGAAGACCUCUUCUCAUUAUCGAGAACCCUGGCUUGAUGUGUGUGUUGUAAAGUAAACAUAUUGAUGAUAAUAAUGCUCUGCUUGAUUAUUACUGUUUGAAGAAGAUACUUUGUGAGUACACAUAAAUUUUGUUUGAUAAAUAAAGAGAUUUGCCUUG